CAGGAAUUAACGAUUCAAACACCAAAAUGAGUUGCGUUUUGAGAUCGCAAAUUCGCAGGUUUCAUCUUAGCCAUUGCAUCCAAAAAGCGCAACGAUCAUUGCCUGCUGCGUAUUACAGGGGUGGAACCUCACGUGCGGUGAUCUUCAAAGCCGAAGACCUACCACAAGACAAGAAAGAAUGGCCAUCGAUAUUCCGCGGAGUCAUCAACUCUCCUGACCCAAAUGGCAGGCAGCUGGAUGGUAUGGGAGGCGGUGUUUCUAGCCUGUCGAAGGUUUGCGUUGUCGGCAAAUCAGAAAGAGAAGAUGCCGAUGUUGAUUACACAUUCGCAGCAAUUGGUGUCGCGAACUCAGAAGUCGAUUUCAGUAGCAAUUGCGGCAACAUGAGCGCAGCCAUCGGGCCAUUUGCAGUAGACGCAGGCCAGGUAAAACACCAAGAUGGCAAAGCAACUGUGCGAAUCCACAAUACCAACACAGGGAAAAUCAUACAUGCGAAGUUCCUUGUCAAAGAUGGAGAGGCCGAAGUCGAUGGUUCUUUUGGGAUCGAUGGUGUUGCUGGUACAGGAGCAAAAGUAGAACUUUCAUUCAUCAAUCCAGCAGGUUCCAAGACUGGAAAAGCUUUGCCGACCGGAAAUGUCACAGACACUUUUGACGGGUUCACCGUUACUUGUAUAGACGUUGGAAAUCCAUGUGUCUUUGUCGAGGCCUCACAAUUGGGUGUUGAGGGGAGCAUUCUUGCUGACGCGAUCGAUACGCAUCCCGACCUACUGCGAAAGCUUGAUGGUAUCCGCAGAAGGGCAGGCGUCGCUAUGGGGAUUGCAAAGAAUGAUGAGUCGGUGCCAGGCUCUAUUCCAAAGAUAGCUAUGGUCGACGUUCCACAUUCGCAUAAGAUAGUUGGUGGAAAAAUAGUCGGAAAGGAAGAUUGCAAUGUGCUUGUACGUGCAAUUUCUGUUGGCCAACCUCAUCGCGCUGUGCCUAUCACCGUUGCAAUGGCCCUGGCAACUGCAUCUCGAUUACAAGGAUCAAUUGUACACCGCAAUACAUCUCCGCAGCCUAAGGACGGGGUGACAAUCGGGCACAACAGUGGCACGCUGGUCGUAGAUGCAAACUUCGAUGAGAGUGGAGGUGUAAAGGAUGCGACCGUUUUUCGCACUGCUCGUCGAAUCAUGGAGGGAACUAUUUACUGGAAAGAAAGGAAAGAUGAAACCUGAGCUGC